AUGGCGGCUGCAUACGAUGUGCCCUACGCCAAAGGCGGCCGGGACGCGGGUGGGGCCGAGGUGGCCCUGGCCUGCCGCCGACAGAGCAUCCCAGAGGAGUUCCGUGGGGUCACGGCGGUGGAGCUGCUCAAGAAGGAGGGCUGCGCGCUGGGCCUGACCAUCUCCGGCGGCGCCGACAGGGACGGGAGGCCCAGGGUGUCCCACCUGAGACCCGGCGGGCUCGCGGCCAGGAGCGACCUGCUGACCGUGGGCGACUAUAUCCGCUCCGUGAACGGGAUCCGCCUGACCCGGCUCCGCCACGACGAGAUCGUCGCGCUGCUCAAGAACGCCGGCGGGCGGGUGCUGCUGGAGGUGGAGUAUGAGCUGCCCCCGCCCGCCCCCGAGAACAACCCGAGCAUCAUCUCAAAGACCGUGGACGUCUCGCUCUACAAGGAGGGCAACAGCUUUGGCUUCGUCCUCAGAGGAGGAGCCCAUGAAGACGAGCACAAGUCCCGCCCACUCGUCUUGACCUACGUGCGCCCGGGCGGCCCUGCCGACAGGCAGGGCUCCCUGAGGGCGGGCGACAGGCUGCUCAGCGUCGACGGGAUCCCCCUGCACGGCGCCAGCCACGCCACCGCCCUGGCCACCCUGCGGCAGUGCGGCCACGAGGCGCUCUUCCAGGUGGAGUACGACGUGGCCACCCCAGACACCGCGGCCAACGCCUCGGGACCCCUGGUGGUGGAAAUCGUGAGGACGCCGGGCUCCGCGCUGGGGAUCUCGCUGACCACCGCCCACCACCGGAACAAGCCGCUCAUCGCCAUCGAGCGCAUCAAGCCGGCCAGCGCGGUGGACAGGAGCGGGGCCCUGCAGGCGGGAGACCGCGUCUUGUCCAUCGACGGCGCCAGCACCGAGCACUGCUCGCUGCUCGAGGCCACCAGGCUCCUGGCCGGCGCGUCGGAGAAAGUGCGGCUGGAGGUCCUGCCCGUCCCCCGCAGCCGGCGGCCUCUGAAGCCCUCAGAGGCAGCUGGGAUCCUGUGCUCGUCUCAGGGGCCCCGUGAGCAGCCGCACCGCUGGGACCCCUGCGUGUCCGCCUGCCACAGCCCCCGGCCCGGCCACUGCCGGACGCCCCCCUGGGCCACGCCCGCCGGCCAGGACCAAAGCCGCUCCUUGUCCUGGACCCCCUUUUCCUCGCCGACCGUGAGCCACGCCUUUCCCUGCGCCAACCCCGGCACGCUGCCCCGCGGGGCCCAGCCCGUGAGUCCCCGCACGCCCAUGGGGCGGAGGAGGCAGCGAAGACGGGAACAUAGGAGCUCACAGUCCGUGAUCCCCAGCAGCGGCACCUUCCACGUCAAGCUGCCCAAGCGGCGCGGGGUGGAGCUGGGCAUCACCAUUAGCUCCAGCAGGCGGCGAGGGCAGCCGCUGAUCAUCGCCGACGUCAAGAAGGGCAGCGUGGCGCACAGGACGGGCAGCCUGGAGCCGGGGGACCGGCUGCUGGCCAUCGACGGCGUGCGGCUGGACGGCCGCCCCAUGGAGGACGCCGCGCAGAUCCUGGGGGGCUGCGAGGACCUGGUGCGGCUGAAGGUGCAGAAGGACGAGGACAACUCGGACGAGCUGGACGGCACGGGCGCGGUGAGCUACACGGUGCAGCUGCAGCGACACGGGGGCCCCCUGGGCAUCACCAUCUCGGGCACCGAGGAGGCUUUCGACCCCAUCGUCGUCUCGGGCCUCACCAAGCGCGGGCUGGCGGAGAGGUGGACCCGGCAGAGGGGACUCCAGCGCCACCAGGAGGGUCUGGCCGUGGAGGGGCUGCAGGGGCGGGACAGGCCCCCGCUAUCCCACAAGUCGGGCAGCCUCAGCGAGGCCAGCGACGCAGAUGACGACCCCCCGGAGGCCCUGAAGGGAGGCCUCCCGGCUGCCCGCCUCUCGCCUGCCGUGCCCAGCGUGGACAGCGCCGUGGAGUCCUGGGACGGCUCGGCCGCGGAGGGUGGCUUUGGGGGCCCAGGUUCCUACACUCCGCAGGCGGCAGCCCGGGCCCUGACCCCCCAGGAGUGGCGGCUCGGCCGGCUAAGGAGCAGCCCCCCGCCCACCGAGCCCCGGAGGACGAGCUAUACCCCGGCCCCCACCGACGAAAGCUUCCCGGAGGAGGAGGACGAGGAGGAGGAAGAGGAGGAGGAUUGGGAGCCACCAACGAGCCCAGCCCCCGGCCCUGCCCGAGAGGAGGGCUUCUGGCGCGUGUUCGCGGAGGCUCUGGAAGACCUGGAGUCGUGCGGUCGGUCGGAGCUGCUGAGGGAACUGGAGGUGACCCUGCGCAAGGACCCCACGCGGAGAGACUUCGGCUUCAGCGUCUCCGACGGCCUCCUGGAGAGGGGCGUCUACGUGCACACCCUGCGCCCCGACGGGCCGGCCCAACGCGGGGGCCUCCGGCCCUUCGACAGGCUCCUCCAGGUCAACCGCGUGCGCACGCGGGACUUCGACUGCCGCCUGGCGGUGCCCCUCCUGGCAGAGGCGGCCGAGGAGCUGGACCUCGUCAUCGGCCGCGACCCGCUGGCGCAGAGCACCGGGACGGCCCCCCGCGCGCCAGGCCCCGGCAGCCCCCAGAUGCUCUGA